UGAGGCGGGGCAAGGUUCGGAAGCUGGCAAAAUGUGAAUGAGAAGCGGCGAGCGCAAUUUAAAGGUGCUGGCGGCGCCCGGAGAGAGCCCCGCGCGCUCCGACCCAGGCACCCGGCCCGCGCGGCAGCGGCAGCGGCAGCAGCGUCUCGCUCACCGCCCAGCGGGGCCCCAGGCGCCGGCGAGGGGAUGCCCCCGAUGCCCCCCAGCAGCACCGGAGCGGACCCGGCGCUCCCCCUGGCCUGACGCCUGCUCUGCCCUGCACCCCCCAAGCCAGCGCCGCCGCCCCCAGCCCGCGCGGGCUGCGAGGCGCCUCCUGGAUCUGCCUGCGCGCCGCGGGACUGGCCGCCUGCUCCUGCCUUUCUGCUCCGCCGGCUCCGGUCCCCAGCAGCUAUAUGAGUGCAGCUUUCCAGCCCUCCCUCAUGAUGAUGCAGCGCCCCUUGGGAAGCAGCACGGCCUUCAGCAUAGACUCCCUCAUCGGCAGCCCGCCCCAGCCCAGCCCGGGCCACUUCGUCUACACCGGCUACCCCAUGUUCAUGCCCUACCGGCCGGUGGUCUUGCCCCCGCCGCCCCCACCCCCUCCGACCCUCCCGCAAGCCUCGCUGCAGCCGGCCCUGCCGCCCUCUCACCCCCACCACCAAAUCCCCAGCCUGCCCACCGGCUUCUGCUCCAGCCUGGCCCAAGGGAUGGCGCUCACCUCCACGCUCAUGGCCACGCUGCCCAGCACCUUCUCCGCUUCCCCGCAGCACCAGGAGGCGGCCCGGAAGUUUGCCCCCCAAGCUCUCCAGGGCAACUUCGACAAAGGCGAAGGGAUCCAGCAGGAGAGCGAAGAGGGGAAAUCCUUCCUGAGCAAGGAGAGCUCCCUGCUGUCAUUCGCCGCCGCAGAAGCCGUGCAGGCUUCCCUGGUAGGGGCUGUCCGGGGUCAGGCCAAAGAUGAUUCCAAAGCGGAAGACGACUCCAAAGGCAAAGAGGAAAGUUUCUCGAUGGACAGCGAUCUAGAUUAUAGCUCUGAUGACAAUAUCACAAGCCAAGCCGCUCAUAAAGAAGAAGACUCUGGCAACGCACUAGAAGAAAACACCCAGAGCACAAAUAACUCAAACACCACCACAUCCACUGGCAAAAACAGGCGGAGGAGAACAGCCUUUACCAGCGAGCAGCUGCUAGAGUUGGAAAAGGAAUUUCAUUGCAAAAAGUACCUGUCUCUGACAGAGAGAUCCCAGAUCGCUCAUGCCCUCAAACUCAGUGAAGUGCAGGUCAAAAUCUGGUUCCAGAACAGAAGAGCCAAGUGGAAAAGGGUGAAAGCCGGCAAUGCCAACUCGAAGACAGGAGAACCCUCCAGAAACCCCAAGAUCGUGGUACCCAUCCCAGUCCAUGUCAGCAGAUUUGCCAUCAGAAGUCAGCACCAGCAGCUGGAACAAGCCAGACCCUGAUACAUUUCCACUACCCCUUCCCCCAUCCAAAAGUUUUGAUCCACGUUUCGAAAUCGGGUUAAAAACAAACAAACAAACUUUAAUCUGAACCUUUCGACAUAUCGAGUAAAGCAAGAAUCCAUUCAUAAGAGGCUUAAAACUGUCUUUUGUUUUGGAGCGGGAAUAUCAAACCCUUGAAGAGACAUAAUAAAUAUUUAUUAUACUGUCCUACUUUGUAUAUAAAGUGCUGGAUCUCAGCUGCAGUGUUUUGACUCUUAUGGGACCAAAUAACCAGUAACAUGAAUUCUUACAUUCCAGAAGAAAACCACAACAAAAAACUGCAAUGCAUAUUACUCAUCUUUUGGUUUUUGUUUUUUUUAUCAUUUUGAAAGGUAAAAAUGAAACAAAACUAAGAGGUUUGUUUUCCCUUUUUUGGGUUGGCUGAGUGGCAGACAUUUGGGUGAAUUAUUUUCAUUAUUAUUAUUAUUUUGCCUGGCUUGCUGUCGAUUUGGUUGCAUCUUCUACUAAGCCAUGUUUGAAAAGCACGAUCCUCUCUAUUGUGUUUAAUUUAUUUCAAUGUAGCUUUUUCCUGAUAAGUUAUGAAAUUUAAAAAGAAACUCAGUCUUGUGAAUAAACAAAAUCAAAAACGAAAAAGAAAAAAAAA